AAUAACAAGAUGAAAAUGAUGAAAAUGAUAAAGAUAAUGAGGAUGUUGACUGUUUGUCCAUGAUAAUGGAAGAUAAUUAGUAACAGAGAGAUGAUCCUUAUCUUCCUACAUUGAAAUUACUUCAUAAAUAUCCGUUGAUUUGUCCAUUGAUGCAAGUUGAUUCCGGUGCCAUUCAGUUUGUCCUUCAAGGAGCCAAUGUAAUGUGUCCCGGUUUAACUUCCAGAGGUGCAAUCAUGACACCCGAUCUACCUGUUGGAUCGGUGGUCACUGUUAUCGCUGAUGGUAAACAACAUGCUCUUGCUGUUGGAAUUCUUAAAAUGUCAUCAAAUGAAAUAGCCCGAGUCAAUAAAGGAAUCGCUAUUGAAAGUUUACACUAUUUAAAUGAUGGUUUGUGGAGAUUAAAGCCGAUCAGAUAAUUGCAAUCUCUCACAUGUAAUGUUUAUUCAUCAAGAAGCUUUGAAAAAAAACACACUUGUUGAUGUUAUGGGUCAUCUAGUGUCCAAGUAGUUUCUUCAUCUUUGUAUUUUUUACAAACAAAUCUCUUGAUUUAAACAUUAAAUUCUUAAAUGAUCA